AUGCCAUAUUGGCUGGUCAACGCCUGCGUCAACCGCGGGUGGAUAUUCGCUACUCCCGAUUAUCGACUGAUCCCGGAAUCGUCUGGCGACGAUGUGGUACAGGAUGCAGUGGACACCUAUCAAUGGGUCCUGCACUCCUUGUCCACACAUCUUGAUAUUCAGUGCUUGUGGCUAUCUCGCAAUGACGACUGCGAGUCUCGCUGGGCAAAGACCGGCCGCUCUGUUGUCAAUCUACGGCAUGCUAGACCCCUCAAUGCGCUAUACACGACAAAGCGGGCCAAUAUCUUUGGUCAGCCACACAUCGAUACUGCGCCUGUGAUUGAACAAUUGACAGCGCUACGGCAGAGCAGACCCCAAGUCCUCGUUGGCUAUCCCUGGCCUGCCGACCCCAGUCGAGACCCUCGGUUUGCCAUAAUCGCCACGUUACAUAUCGAAGCACUUUUUCCAGACUUUAUUGCUGGAGUACCGGGCUUGAGUGAAGCCGUCGCGGAACAGGGUGUGAACGCAGUUCCACCUGCCCAGAGGCACCUCUUUCCCCUGUCGUUUGGAGGGUCCUCAAAAUUUCCGCCAACCGUCCUUUUCCAUGGCAAGAACGACUCUGCCGUUCCAUGGCACUUGAGCCAAGUUGCAUGGGAAAAGCUGUGUGAACAUGGUGUUGACGUCUACAUCGAAUUCCCACCGGAUGCAGAGCAUGGCUUUGACGCACGCACAGGUCGCGUCGAUAUAGAAAGGGACAAUGCUGACAUUUUGACGGCUCCUAGUUUCGAGGGUCUGCGAAAUGUGCUUAAGUCUUUGGACCAGCUUGUAGCGGCUACACAAAAUGCAAAAGAGAAUUAG